AUGACUGCCCAAUGUGCCUUCAAGGGUUGUCAAUGGCGUAUUCAUGCAUCAAAAGAAGGCAAUAAAGAGAUGUUUAGAAUCAAGAUGAUGUAUCUAACACACAUAUGCAGCGGCGAUAUUGGCACGAUUUUGCACCCAAAAGCAUCCAAAAAAUGGGUCAAUGCAUGUGUGAUACAGAAGCUGAAAGACCACCUAUUGUACAGGACUAUUGACAUUCAACGUGAUAUGUUACAAGAUCACGGUGUUAAUCUAUCGUAUAAGCAAGACUGGUUGGGGAAAGAGGUUACUCAUGGUGUUCUUCAUGGCAGUGAACUGGAGAGCUAUAACCUACUUAUAUGGUAUGCAAGUAAGAUCAUGGAGACGAACCUUGGUAGUAUUGCUAUUGUCGAUAAGGAUGAAAAUCGGUUUAGGCACAUGUUUUUCUCCUUUUAUGCAUGUAUUAUUGGCUUUAAAAGUAGUUGCAGGCCCUGGUUGUUCAUUGAUGGUACUCACUUGCUCGGAAAAUACGGGGGCACUUUACUGGGUGCCACAAGUAAAGAUGGGAACGACGGCUUCCUCCAUGUCACAUUUGUUAUCGUGGACAACAAAAUGGACUCCAACUGGACGUGGGUUCUAUUAAAGCUCGGGGAUGCAUUAAACGAGGAUAAUGAUUAUAUGAAGAUUAUUACAUUCAUCUCUGACAAAUCGAAUGGCCUCAUCAGUGCCAUCGUGAAAGUCUUUCCUUCUUCCCCACAUGCAUAUUGCUUUAGGCACUUGGAAGUGAAUUUUAUGAAAGGGAAUAUUAUAUUUUGGAAGAAAUUGAAAAAGGACUGA